ACAAAAAAUGUUAAAGCUAAGAAGCUUUCUCUUUUCCAACGUGGUGGGAUUGUGGAGCUGCAGAAGCAAGCAUGGCUGCUGAGGUUGGGGUCAGGAAAUCAGUCAUUCUACAUUUGUGGAAAGAUCCUGAGCAUUAUGGAACAAAAAAGUCACACCUGCGUUGAAUCGGAGGAUCCCAUGGCUGUCCAUCAAGACACAGGGCGGUCUUCCACCCACAUGAAGGCCUCACUGGUGCCGACUGCAGCGCAAUAACCAUCAGACGCCAUCGGAGGGAAAAGGGUGGUUUCCAACGUUACUGGCAUGAGAAGGAGAUCCCACCUGAGAUGUUUUCUACCCAGCACAGUGGAGGGGGGUCCAUCAUGGUCUGGGGUGCUUUUUCAUUCAGUGGAACACUGGAGCUUCAGGUGGUGCGGGGUCGUCAAACAGAUACGGCGGGCAUGCCUCAUGACCGAGGGCCCUGGUCUGUGUGGUACCAGCUGGGUUCUUCAACAGGACAACGCUGCAGUUCACAAUGCUGGCUUGACCAAGGACUUCUUCAGGGGGAAUAACAUCACUCUUUUGGAGCAUCCUGCAUGUUAAAUCCCAUAGAGAACAUUUGGGAUGGAUGGCAAGGGAAGCUUCUAAAAAUGGCCAUCACUUCCAGACAGUUGAUGGCCUUGGUGAAGCCAUCUUCAUCACUUGGAGCAAUGUUCCCACUAGCCUCCUGGAAACACUGGCAUCAAGCAUGCCCAAAGCCAUCUAUGAAGUGAUGAACAAGAACGGUACUGAGUCCUACUGACAACACUUUUUCUUCUGCUUCGGAGAGUUUUUGGUUCUUUUUUGAGCGAUGGUCUUAAACUUUUGAUCAGCUGAUAAACAGCCUAUUUCAGUUGAAUUGUUGUUUUCAAUAAAUGACUUUUUCAGAAUGUUUUGUCUCACCCCCCCUUCUUGUUUUGCAUAUUGUAGCUCUACUUAAAACCUCAUGAAGAUCCAAAUGUGCAACAUGAUCAUUCUAGACAUUUUUCAACUGCUCUUAAGAUGUUGAUCAGGAGUGUAUUUUGGAAAUUGAUGUGAAUGACUUGAUGUGAGGAACUGCAGGCAGCUUUCAUUUUGACAUUUCAGUUGAUUUUGGACUGCAUUAUUUGUGUGUGUGUGUGUGUGUGUGUGUGUGACCUUCUCAGACUAUAUGUGAGGCCUUUUCAUGUACGUCUGCUCAUGAGGACGACCAAUGCAGCAUUCAACAUCAUUGGAUCUCUCUCUCUCACUCACUCACUCACUCACUCACUCACUCACUCACUCACUCACACACUGCAGUCUUCACACAGCAUAGAAGAGAUUGCUGUUUUCACAUCAACCAUGAGUGCCCCAGCCUCCCCCGAGACCUCCCUCCUGGACCAGGUUCUGGAGCUGAUCAUGAACGAGAAGCCGCCGUCCACCUGCACCAGUCUUUUCCUUAACGAGGACGCAGACAAACCCCCAGCGGCCGAGCAGGGAGACCUGAGGAGGAGGGUGCGUGCCGCCAUGGAGAGGAGCGCUGGUGGCGUGAAGGAGAGGAUGCUGUCCAUCAACAAAGACGCCGUCAGAGGUUUCCUCAAAAGAAACCUCUUUGUUCUGUUGACGGUUGCUGCUGUGCUUCUGGGCAUCAUUGUGGGCUUUGCUCUACGCUCACACAACUUGUCCCUGAGACAGGUCAAGUACUUUGCCUUUCCUGGAGAGCUGCUGAUGAGGAUGCUUCAGAUGCUGGUGAUGCCUCUCAUCGUCUCCAGUCUGGUCACAGGAAUGUCCUCCUUGGACAGCAAAGCGUCGGGUAAGAUGGGCGUGCGUGCGGUGGUCUACUACAUGGUGACCACCCUGAUCGCCGUCUUCAUUGGUAUCGUGGUGGUGAUCAUCAUCAAGCCCGGGAAAGGCAGCAGGGACGGUCCCAUGGCCAAGAGUGGAAACGUAGAAGCCAUCCAGGCUUUGGAUGCUUUCCUGGAUCUCAUCAGGAACAUGUUUCCACCCAAUCUUGUUGAAGCUUGUUUCAAACAGUACAAAACCCUGUACACCAAAGUUGUGCACACCAGGAACGUGACAGCGAGCGUGAACCUCACAGACGAUGUGCUCAAUGCAACAGAUGCCAACGUGGUGCUUCACACCAUGCAGGACACGGUGGAGGAGACGGUGCCUGCUGGGGGCUCCUCUAGCGGCGUCAACGCUCUGGGCCUGGUCUUCUUCUCCCUGUGCUUUGGUCUGGUCAUCGGCAACAUGAAGAAACAGGGUCAGGCUCUCAGGGACUUCUUUGACUGCCUCAAUGAAGCCAUCAUGAGGCUGGUGGCCAUCAUCAUCUGGUACGCCCCAGUGGGCAUCCUCUUCCUGAUUGCGGGGAAGAUAGUGGAGAUGAAGGACCUGGCAGAGGUGGGCGGCCAGCUGGGGAUGUACACCGUGUCGGUCAUUGUGGGUCUCCUCAUCCACGGUCUCUUCGUCCUGCCGCUGCUCUACUUCCUGGCAACCAGGAAGAAUCCCUACAGCUUCAUCGGCGGUUUGCUGCAGGCUCUCAUCACGGCUCUGGGAACGUCCUCCAGCUCUGCUACCCUGCCCAUCACCUUCCGCUGCCUGGAGGAGAACAACCGCGUAGACAAACGUGUGACGCGCUUCGUUCUUCCUGUGGGCGCCACCAUCAACAUGGAUGGCACCGCCCUCUACGAAGCCGUGGCGGCCAUCUUUAUUGCCCAAGUAAAUGAUUUGGAGCUGAACUUUGGCCAGAUUCUCACCAUCAGUAUCACGGCAACCGCCGCCAGCAUCGGAGCAGCAGGCAUCCCUCAGGCUGGCCUGGUUACCAUGGUGAUAGUAUUGACAUCGGUGGGACUGCCCACAGAGGACAUCACGCUCAUCAUCGCAGUGGAUUGGUUCCUGGACCGCCUGCGGACCACCACCAACGUGCUGGGCGACUCACUCGGGGCGGGCAUCUUGGAGCACCUCUCUCGAGCAGAGUUGCGGAGUCACGACGACGGGGUGCGCAACUGUGUCCUGGAAGAGAAGGAGAAGCCCUACCAGCUAAUCUGCCAGGACGUGCGCAACCACAGCAGUGAGAGCACCAUGUGACCAUGUGACCAUGUGACCACUGAAAGACGCAUCCCAUUGGUUGCUGUCGUCCACAUCAGAAGGGAGAAGCGGCGGUCAGACAAAGGAAAUGACUCCAAAACUUAGAGAGUGUUCGAGCCACUUUGAUGAUUUGGUUCUUUUUAAGACAGCAAAAAAUUAGCAAAUCAAAAAGCAAAAAAUCCAAAUUGCCCAACACUCAAAGACGUGCCGUACAGUACUCGCUGGCCCAGCUGCUGAUGCUUCUUCUCCUGACAUUCUUGCCUUUUUCCUGUUAGAUUUGAAAGCGUUUUUCUUCCAUCUUUAUUCUUGUAAACUUCUGAGUUUCUUUCCUUGUAAAAUUUGUAUUUGUUUUCUCGUAAAUUUUAGAUGUUUUUCUCGUGAUGUUACGACGUUAUUCUUGUGAAGCUCUGACUUUUUUCCCUGUAAAAUUCGGAUUAUUAUUUUAAAUCCAUAUUAUUCUGUUUUCUCAUCAAAUUACUCCUAUUUCAUUGUCAUAUUGCAACAUUAUUAUUCUAAAAUGUGGUAUUUCCUCCUUUCAAAUGACAAUACUGCAACUUUUUUUGUUAAGAUUGGGACUUUUUUCUUGGAAAUGGCAUAUUUUUUCUUUCUUUAUCAUUUUUUCUCAUAAAAAGUCGUUUUCUCGUAAAAACAGAUUGUUUUUUUCUCGUGAAAUGACAACGUCAUUCGCAUAAUACAAGUUAUUCAUGCACAAGUGACUGUUUUGUGACGCUGCAGUGCUGCUGUUGAUUGUUCCAACAUCGGACUCGCAUGAAGGGAUUUUCCAACCGAAUGACAACUCUGUUCUAUGAAAAAGUCAAGAAGUGAGCGGCCAACAAUGCUUGGAGCCGCUUGAGCCAGUUAGCUGCAGUGGUGCUGUUAAAACAAGCUGGACACGGCAACCACACACAGUUAGGGCUGCAACUCGUUAUUUUAAUAACCGAUUCAUCAGGCACUUUAUUAUUUUUGCAAUUCAUUGAUGAAUCAGAUUUAAAAACAAACAAAGAAAACAUUUUCAUUUCCCGCCUCGAUUCAGAAACAGCUUGCACACACAAAUACAAUCACGAUCAUGUUCUUAGUGCGGUGUCGUUUCAAUGAACGGAGUAACGGCUCAGGCAUACGUGAAUGAAUGAAAAUGAAGCAAACAUCAGAAAAGAGGCAAACACGCCCGUCACUGCUUUCCAGAGUCAAAGCUGAGACGUGUGAAAAUCUAAAACACCAACAUAACAGGUCUGCUUCCGUGGACGACGAUUCACAUUUGAGAGGCUGAAACGAGAGGAUAUUUACAUAUUUCUGUCAAAAAACAUUCAUGGGUGACCCAAAUAGUUGUGGAAGAAGUGGGUCAUGGAUCAACCAUCGACACACUGGAGGUGAACUCACCCGACUGUUCAACACCAGACUUUUCUUUUCAUUUGAUGUUCUCCUCUUUGGCUCCUUGUGGAUGGAACAUUUCAAUGUCGAUACACACUUGACUGUUUUCCUUACAGUAUGAGUCAAGGUAAACAAUAUGUAUUCAUUUUUAUCAAGACAAAUUGUUACAAAUGAAUGUUUGUUGUUGUGCUGGAUGCUGAAUAAUCCUGAACGUGAACACGUAAGGUAGUUUGACUUCAUGCGGUUGAAGUAAAAGUGGUUGUUUUGAUGGAUGGAGUGAAAUAAUAUUGUAUUGUAUGUACUUUAUUAAUCCCACAGCAGGGAAAUUCACCUGUUACAGCAGCAAGCAAGAUACACAAGUAAAGAAUGCAUAGUGACAGAGUGAAUACAAAAUGGUUCAGGUGUUGUAGAGCCUGACAGCGGUCGGUAUGAAGGACCUGCGGAACCUCUCCUUCUUACACCGUGGGUGUAACAGUCUGCUGCUGAAGGAGCUGCUAAGGGAACCCACAGUGUCAUGUAGCGGGUGAGAGGUGUUGUCCAUGAUGGAUGUCAGCUUAGCCAACAUCCUCUCAUAAACGGCUCAGGAAGCUCAUCAUCGUGUGUGUGGCUCCCCCUGGUGGCCGAAAUUCUUCUACACGUACUCCUGCCCUACAAAGUGGGAAAUACCUCUUUAAAUCAACUUUUUAGAAGAAUCAGGUUCUUAAAUGCAGCAUAUGCUAAUGCUAGCGUAUGGAAUGUUUCUUACAUUUUUACAAAUCUAUUCACUACAAGUGCGGCAACAUGCUUCACUUUGGCUUGUUGAAUGAAGUCAAAUAGUCUCAUUUGUUUGUGCAGUUAAAAUUAACGUUUGUUCUGCUUUCGUUUUCGAGAUAUUACACAUUUUUUAAAGGUCAACCAAAGUUCACUCAGCCCCCCAUUUGCUCCAAAUGAAACCAAAAUAGUCCCAUUCUUUUGUGCUGCGUUUGUGCUGUUUUGUGCAGUUAAAAUGAAUGUUUGUGCUGCAUUCUUAUGGGUAGUAGCUUUUUAACGCUGCUACAGAGUACACAACACGUACAGGAAGUACGACCACACGCCCCGUGUGUUUACCUGCGUGACUGUUUUGUUAUUUUCCAUUUUAAUUCUCAGUUCUUGUUGUUAGGCUCUUAUUUUGGUAGUUCUUCCUCUUUUGCUCUGCUCUGUGUUUGCCUGCCUGGAUUUUCUUACCUGCUGCUAAUUUUAGUUCCUUCUAUUUAGUUCACUUGCAUCUGUUGGGUUGGCACUGUGCCAGCUAUUACUUAAAAUAAACAUUUGACCUGCACCCGAGUCCUGCUGUCUGCAUGUCGGGGUCGCCGCCACAGCACCACCAUGCCUCUUUCAUUGCGCGGCAUCACAGCCAACCACACCACGGGACACUUUUAGCUGCUAAACUCGAUCCAUCUUUGUAUUCUCACAGCAAAAUGCCAAAGCUCCUCACCAACAGAGCUAAGAGUUCUCGGCUAACGUAGGCUAAUAGCAUUCCUCCCAUUGAGGCUUAUUGCUACAAUGGCAGAUUACUAUCACUGCUCUGCUCCACCAAAGGACUAAACAGACCAUUCCUUCCCCACGCCAUGCGGCUUUUCAACACAACAGAGGGGAAGCGAUAAAAACACACACAGGACUGGACUUGGUAGCUGAGCAUGCAUCCACUCCUGAUUUAUUGAUUCUUAUUGUUCUUAGCUGCCAUCUUUGUACAAAUGAUGUUUUUGUGUCUACGCCCAGCAUGAAAGCGCGACUAAUAAGUCUGAAAUAAGACAACACGUAUGAGUUCAGGUUCUUUUAUAAAACAGUUGACUUGACAUACACGUAUAUGUGUUCUUCUACACGGCAAGGCUUCACACACAUCGAGCCCUCAAAAGGUUGAACAUCCUUGGAAAAGAACGAAACGGGUCAAAAGGAGUACUUUGGCAUCGAUUAAUGGCCCACUGGCGCCUUGAAAGACUUGAAGCUCUAAACUCUGUGUGGUGUAACAGUCACAAACAUGACGUCCAAGUCUGGACUUUGAAACCUGGAUUGUACAAAAACAAGGUGCAAGUCAGUUUCAUUCAUACAAAAAAAGCUCCCCUAAAUUCUGCACCCCCCCCACAAAACCUGAACAACUCGGAGCCCAUGAGUGACAUUUACAAAGCUGCACAAAUAAGCACGUACGUAAGCGAUAUUGAAGUCACUGCUCGUUUAUGCUUGAAGGAAAUCACACUUGCACAGAUUAGCCGCGUGCACGGAUGGAGAGCAGGCGGAGACACUCUGAGGCAGACUCUGGCGAAUAACAGUUAAGAGCCACAACGAAAAAAUCCUCCUCGCUCAUUUUGGGAAUCUUUCCAGGCCGCGCUCCUGUUCUGUGAAGAUGUAAAGCCACUGAAAUAGAUAUUGCUGCCCAGGUCUGGUCCACCAGAGACGAGAUAAAAGACACGAGACAAGUGGACAAGUCAGCUAACUGCUGUUUGAGAGUUGACUUGGCCUGUUGGGGAGAAACGUGGUUUGAGUAGCACACAAAUACGCAGCACAUCCAACAGGAACGCACCUGGGACGAGUUAUUCUCCUCCGUAUUCGACACUUGGUGGUCACUCCACACUGAGGAGGGCCCAGUUGUCUCUCUUGUCCUAAGAAAAGGGACAUUUAAAGGGCCUCUAUUAUGCAAAACCUAUUUUUAACACUAUUCCAUCAGGAAUAUACGUUUACAUGUUAAUGAGCGCCAAAUGUGUGACACGCAGGGACGGACUGGUAACCUGUGAGUUCCGGAAAAGUCCAGAACGGCCGUCCAGUCUACGGCCGAUAAUUGGUCUUUUUUUUCGGUCGAUUGGCCCUGUCUAACAGUCUAACACAGGGGUUAACAAACUACGGCCCGCGGGCCAGAUCCGGCCCGUUGUUGUUUUUAAACUGGCCCGCCGAAGAUUGUACAGAAUUAAGGUUUGAUAAGAAUGAUUGCAUUCAUUUCUUUUUGACUUGUAAUGACGGCUUUUCAACACCAGGUGGCGCCGUAGCCCCAGUGACUUGAGAGAGCCAUUUCCAAUUACCGCUCUUCUUCUACUCGCGUGCCAACGUUACCACACAUGGAUCGCCAAAUCUGACAGGAAAAAACGUGGGGAUGCUCAAGAGAAUUCAGGACAGGUGAAAGAGGAAACCCUGAGCAGGAGGUCAUGUUUCUACACUGCACAAGUCACCAGGAAGUGCUGUGUACAUCCGUGUUGCAGCUUGACCACGCAGUGAAGCCGGUUGUGAAACUCGUUAACUUUAUUCCAGCGAGGGGACUUCACCCUCGUCAGUCGAUUCAUUUUCUUGAAGGAACUGGCGCGGAUCACACGGACUUACUUUACCAUUCUAAUGUCCGCUGGUGAAGUUUGGGAGAAGCGUGUCAGCGUGUGUGGGAGCUCAAACAGGAGAUGAUUUGGUUUUUGGAGCUACUUGAGAAUACUGACACGUUUCCUGAGCUGAAUGACACAGUUGGCUGUGUGAUGUAGCUUUUAGUGUGGACAUCCUGGCACACAUGAACCAGCUGAAUGUGCAGCUACAAGGGAAACCAGUUUGUGCAUGAAAUGCAAGCCAACGUCUUUUAUUUAUCUUUUGAUUUUUUUUUAUCAUUUUAUUUUUGAAGCAAAUGUAUGUUAAUACUUGAAUGCUUUUUUCUGUUUAUGUGUCAUAUGUACUGUUAACAAAUUCAGUUUUUUUUUUGAUAGGUAUCAUAUCUUGUGCUGACCUGGCCCGUCUGUCAAUUCUAUUAUUUCAAAACCAUAUUGAAACCCCAAACCCCUCCCCACCCCGGCCGGCCCUGGCGCGCCCCGGUUGGUGGGUGGGCCUAUUUGGGGAAAAAGUCCAGGGCCUUUUUUUGGUCCCAGUCUGUCCCUGGUGACACGUAUCGUCUGGCUCCCUUGUUUGCGGCUGCUUUGAAUGUCAAGGAAGGUCAAGGGUUUCAAUGACAUCAGAAAGGAAAAACCUGAAAAAUGUUUGGAAUAAAACCCUGGAGCUCUGCCAAAUGUCUGUCAGUCCGCUGUAAAUUGGAGCAUUUGGUUUUUCUUCAGCAAAUAGCUUAAGCCAGCACGCGUGUGUAACGUUAGCACUGGAGCACACAUGGCUAUGCUAGUGUCCUCCUGUCCCACGCCUUCCUGGUGAUAAUCUGCAUGGGAUGUUACGUUGGACACCUGCAGCCACAGUGCAGCAUUUCCCACCCAUUCUUCACCAAUAAGUACAUAUCGUAACGCCAACGUGGUGCGCAUUAGGAAGCCAAAGACAGGAAGUGUUUGUCACGUCAUGCAUUGACUGCAGGGGCAACUUGUGGAAGGUGGCUUAUUUUCUUAUGAGCCCGUGGCAUGCUGUACCAAUAAAAGCAUCCCGGGCCGUGUAUAGUGUAUUUAUAAAGUGGAUCAUGCACACAAUACGCUAGUCAAGCUUACCACACACAAAGUGGCGUGUUCCCAUCAUGCAUUCGUACAGCGGUCCCUCGGUUAGGACAACAAGCACUUUGAAAAAGUCUUUGAUUGAAAACAACAAUCGAACUGAAAGAGGCUGUCUAUCAGCCAGCCAUGUUUGAACUGGUGCUAAGAUGUGGAUCAGGAGAGUAUAUGUGAGCUAACACGGUUUAAGCGCUAACCAGUCGAUUGAAUGGAUAUGAGGAGAUGAAGCAUUGGAUUGAAGCAUGGAUGUGCUGUUUUUAGCCCUUUUAAUGGUAAAGAUUUGAAAGGGAGUUUUUGACAUGAAGUUGUAUGUUUUCAUCUUUUGAAGAAUAUUCUUUAGAGAAGCCAAAGUCUUGACUUAAUUGUCCCCGGCAACUAAGUGGAACUACGUUCUUCAUCUGACCGCAACUGGACUUAGGAGACCAAGUGGGGGGUAAGUCUCUGCUGGGGGUGAUGUGUGAUUGGGGUGGCCAAGGUGUGUCCAUUACUCGCAUAGCGGUGGCAAUACGUUGAUACCUGAAUUGUCUAGAUGGUUCGUGUGGUGGCUGGGGAGUGACCAGGGGGGGCCACGGCCACCACCAGCCACUGGCCUUCCCGUCCAAAAGUUUUGGAGUGUCUAUUAGAGCAAUUAAUAGCUGAGCAGUGUGCCGAGGGCAUGUUUUCUAUGCAUAGUUUCUGGAUUCUGCCCCCCCAUUAUGGCGGCCAAAGCGCUGAUGGGCACUCCUGUUUUAAGUCUCGACUCCUUGGUUGACACACCCACUCGGGCUGCUACAGAGAGCUUCCAUCAUGGACAGAUGAAUGUGCUGAAUCACGCUGCCCAACUGAAGUUAAA